AUGGUUCAUGCAUUCACAAUUGGUCCUCCCCCAUACCUACUGGUCCCCCUGGCCCUGCUUACCCUGACUGAAAGAAUAAGUCUGAGGGAGUUGGGGAUGGAACUGCGCUGUCGCUGCAUCCAGACAGAGAGCCGUCGGAUUGGUCGUCACAUCGAGAAGGUGGAGAUCAUUCCGGCCAAUUCUCACUGUGAAGAAUCUGAGAUCAUUGCCACUCUGAAAAAGACGGGCCAAGUGGUCUGUCUAGAUGCUGAGGCUCCAUGGGUCAAGAAAGUUAUUGAGAGGAUGAUGUCAAGGCAAGCCCAGAUCCCUCUCUCCUAAAGGCAACCAGACUCUCAGAUUCAUAGGUCCAGACCUACGCCUGAAUUAUCAGCACAAAGUAAAGCUUUGCUUCUUAAGCCUGGAUCGUCUCACUUGACCCUUUGAACAUAGCGGAUAAUAUGUUUAAAGCUUCUUUUAAUGCUCAAACUAAUUAUUUGUGUUUCAACUCUCUCUACAGCAGAAGGCGUUGAAAAUCUCCAGAGAGAAUUUUUCAAUGCUGGGCUGUUUAUGGACGAGCACCAUAAGAAGUAGUAUUAUCAUGAGGAGACAAGGUCAUCGAGUUCCUGGUGUGGUUGUCAGACUCUAUUUAAUGUUAGGUUGAAGAUAAAAUAGUGCCGGGCACUAUUAAGCUAUACCUCUUAUAACAGAUUGUUGCAUCAAACAUGAAGAUGUUUUUUUUCAUUAUUAGCAUAGUUUUUAUGCAAGAUUUGUUUUAUCUACCUCUGGAGGGGUUUUCCCUUAGUUUCUCAAUUGUACAACUUGGAAUCAUAUGACCUAUUUAUUCAUCUCAUUUAUGUAUUUAUAAUUAUUAUACUUACAGGCUUUUGAACAAAUAUGCAUCUAUUGAAAAUAAAAAAUUACAUGAAACACAACAAAUAUUGUGUUUGCCAUGUUUAUUAACCAUUAUACCAUGGUCUGGGGGAAUACUCGAUUCUGAUUGGCUGCAGGGUGUGCAUUAACCCCUGAUAUACGGACACAUAAUUAGCUCCAGUUAAAUAGUCUGUUCAACUUUCAAAACGAGAGCUGGUAAAUUGUGAAAUACGCAUUAAACUGUAGGCUAAUCAGAAAACGCGGUUACAUGCUAUAGACCCAAUGGUAACUGGUAUAAAGGCUGGGACGAAUUUCAAAUUAUAAAUAU